AUGUCAAGCAUGAACAAAUCACCACCGGAAGAUAAGGGCUCCAGUCCCGCAAGUCAGAAUAAGCCAAGUGUUGGUGAGCCAGAAAACCAUAAUGAAUUAUUAAAUUUUACAAAUCUGCUCCAGAAUCUACCUUAUGACGAUAGUGUACGCACUAAUAAUGAAAAGGAUAACCUAGAUUUGCUGCUGCAACAAUACCAGACAGUUUUGGAGAAAUCUAAUCCGGCGUCAAACCACACUGCAUCCGCUGCAUCUCUUUUCACAGAUGAUGAAAGUUAUACUGAUAAUGGAAAAAAGAGCAACCAUAAAAUCUCUUUAGAUGGUAAAUCGUGCAACUCAUGUGCCAGAAACAAGGUUAAAUGUGUGUUUGUGCCAGAUUUAGGUAGCUGUUUGGAAUGUGAAACCCUCAAAAUUAAAUGCAUUUUCUCACCAAUUCGUAAACGUCUUAUAGGAGAUAAUUCAAUGGAUAAAAACGCUAUUAACAACGAGAAACAGCUGAAAAAGACGAAAUCAGAGACUAAUACUUCCAAAGUUACUUCACGGUAUUAUACAAAUUUUUUACAGUCAUUGAAUAGUUCUGCCUCUACUCCUGCUACUAGUCAGAUUUCAUACGAACAGGCUACUUCUCCUGUGGGUUCCAACCUUACCAGUUCUACUACACCGUACAUGUAUCAACAAACUCACAAUCAAUCUCCAGGUGCUAUACCCUCUGCAAUUAAUGGCACCAGUAGUUUUCUACACGCCCAAAAGUCUAUGCCGGUGCAGCAUCCUAGAUCAUCUUUCUACGUUGGAUUAACUUCCAUUUAUGAUAUAAAUAUAAUCAAUAAGGUCAAAUUGGAUAAUAUUGACCAAAUCAAGAUCUCUAAAAAUCUGUCAUUGCGGAAGGUCUCCUCUGACGUCCAAUUUCUUCUACGUGAUGAUUAUGUAUCCAAUGAGACCAUGGCAAAGGAUUAUCGAGAAAUUGAUUAUGUUGAAAGGUUGAUUUAUCCAAAUGGUAAGACGUUAAUUGACAUUUUUUUCAAGUUAGUACAUCCAUACUUCCCUAUUUUACAUGAACGUGUAUUUUUGGAGAAAUAUUCACGGUCAUAUAGGGAGUUGCCGGUACCUUUACUUUCGUCAAUAUACUCUUUGUCACUACAAUGGUGGGACUUUCACCCACAAUUAAUUGGAUUUCCAAAACCGGAUGCAAAAAUAGUCGAACAACUAAAUUCUAUCGCUUAUAGAUCCUAUUUUGAAAUGAUUGAAAACCCAAAAUUAAGUCUGAUACAGUCUGGUUUAUUAAUUUUAUUAACGCGAGGCGAAAGGACCAAUAAUUGGUUGCUAUCAUCGAAUUUGGUUGCACUAGCCGAAGAAUUAGGCUUGGGGAUCAAUUGUGAUGAUUGGAAGCUACCAAAAUGGGAGAAAGACCUUCGGAAAAGGCUGGCAUGGGCUGUGUUUUCUCAAGAUAAAUGGACUUCGUUGAUUGAAGGAAGAAUAUCGUAUUUAAUCUUAGGUAGGAAUUGGCUUAUUAGUCUUCUCAAACAGGACGAGUUCCCUGUAAGUUCGCCGGCUAUUUCAAGUACAGAUAACACAGCAGGUAAUAUGUUAAUUGAUAUGAACUUAAACAAUGAAGAUUAUCAUAAUGCCACACUUUUGUUCCAACAAAAGGUCUCCUUAAGUAUAAUAAUUGGCGAGAUAAUGGACACUUUCUACACACAGGGUGCAAUGCACGUCAAUAAUACAAUCGAAAACGUUCUCAAGCAAGCAAAACCUUUGCAAUUAAAGCUGAGGGAAUGGUACCACUCUUUACCAAAGCAAUUAUCCAUGAAUAACUUCAAAUCAAAAAAAUUCAAUUCAAACGCAGCAUUAAACCUGAGUUAUUUUGCUGCGGAGAUUGCAUUGCAUAGAAAAAUUAUUUCUACGUUGAAAACCGAUUCACCAAAUGAGCUGUAUUCUGUUUGUCGAGCAGCUGCGAAGACAAGAUUGAUUGCAUCUAUUGAAUUUUUAAAAGAGCUUAAAAAUGAACAUAUCUUUGCUUUUUGGUAUUCGAAUGCCUCCGGAAACAUAAUGUCAAUAGGUACAUUUGCCGCACUCUUGUAUGUCACAUCACCUAAUAAAGAAGAGGCAGAUUAUUACAAAAAUUUGACUCGUAAUUAUAUAUGGGUAUUAAGGAUAGGCUCCAAGACUUUUGAUAAAUUUCAGAACGCUUUAAACAAUAUUCAUUUACUGCUAGCACAGAUACCAGGUUUGUUAAAUGAUGAGGCUCCUCCUAAACCUCAGUUACCUUCGCAAUCUUCUAACGCAGAUUUUAGAUCAAUGUCUCAACAGAACCUUUUUGCAAAUGGUGGAUCCCAACAGUUGUUGAAUCAAGUCAGUAACAUGUCACCAACAAUCGUACAAAGUAUGGGAAGUAUUCGGUCACAAAGCACCGGGGGUAGCUUUCAUACAUCCCCUAAGAAUAAUGACGGAAGUCCCAUGUACGUUGAAAGUCCUAACGUUAAGCAUAGCCCUUCUGUUGAACAAAAGUUAGUGAACAACGGUUACUCACCAAAUCAUCAACUGAGGGACUCCGUCGAUGAAAAUUACACGUCUAAUACAGCCACUCAAAGUGUGGAAAAUACUACUGCCACUGAACAACCUUCUGAGAGUUUGGUAUCAGAAGACCAACACAGUGAUGCUGUAAAGGAGUCUCAUUCGCCAAGCGAAAAGGAUCAAGAUAUUAAGGCAGUAGAGCAAGAAGUUGUUACUGAGCAGGCAGACGACCAGUCCUCAAAAGGAUAA